GUCAACUUUCCUUCACAGGUAUGACUAUGCAUUGGCUAAGAAAAUUCCAGGGGAUUUACAUUCUACGGUGGAUUCAGAUGUCCUGUCACACUGUCCACAUUCAUACCAAGCAACUGGCAUCUCUGCUGUGGGGCCACCAGGAAGUUCCUGCCAAGUUUAACUUUGCAAGUGAUGUGAUAGAUUACUGGGCUGGCAUGGAGAAUGCAGGCAAGAGACACCCGGGCCCAGCCCUCUGGUGGGUGAACGGUGAUCAGGAUGAAGUGAAGUGGAACUUCAGUCAACUCAGUGUACUCAGCCAACAGGCAGCCAAUGUCCUCUCAGGAACAUGUGGCCUUCAGCGUGGAGACUGUGUGACAGAGGUGCUGCCCCGAGUUCCUGAGUGGUGGCUGGUGACUCUGGGCUGCAUGCAAGCAGGCCUUGUCUUCACGCCUGGGACUAUCCAGAUGAAAGCCAAAGACAUACUCCAAAGGCUGCAGGCAUCAAAAUCCAGGGCCAUCGUUGCUGGGGAUGAAGUGGCCCAAGCAGUGGACACUGUGGCACCUGACUGCCCUUCUCUGAAAACAAAGAUAUCGGUGUCUGAAAAGAGUAAGGAUGGGUGGCUGGACUUCAAGACAUUACUACAAGGAGAAUCUACCACUCAUCACUGUGUGGAGACAAGAAGCCAAGAAGCAGCUGCUAUCUACUUCACCAGUGGGACAACUGGCCUUCCGAAAAUGGCAGAACAUUCCCACGCAAGCCUGGGCAUCAAGGCCAAGAUGGAUGCUAACCUAUGGACGGGCCUGCAAACCUCAGACCUACUAUGGACCAUAACAGACACAAGUUGGAUUUUGAAUAUCUUGAGCUCAUUUCUGGAACCCUGGACAUCAGGAGCAUGUAUAUUUAUCCAUCUCUUGCCAAAGUUUGAUCCAGUGGUCAUUCUAAAGGCGCUGUCCAGCUACCCAAUCACCAACCUGGUAGGAGCACCCAUUGUUUAUCGAAUGUUGGUACAACAGGACCUUUCCAGUUACAAGUUCCCACAUCUACAGAACUGCUUCAGUGGAGGAGAAACCCUCCUCCCAGACACUCUGAAGAACUGGAAGUCUCAGACAGGACUGGACAUCAGAGAGUUCUAUGGCCAGACAGAAACAGGAAUCACUUGCAGAGUUUCCAAGACAAUGAAAGUCAAACCUGGCUGCAUGGGGACUGCAACUCCCCAUUAUGAUGUGCAGGUCAUAGAUGAAAAGGGCCAUGUCCUGCCCUCUGGUGCAAAAGGAGAGUUGGGCAUCAGGAUCAAACCCAUCAAGCCCAUAGGCAUCUUCUCUGGCUAUGUGGACAAUCUUGAGAAGACAGCAGCCAACAUACGAGGGGAUUUUUGGCUCACAGGAGACUGGGUCAUCAAGGAUCAAGAUGGGUAUUUCCAGUUCAUUGGGCGGGAAGAUGAUAUUAUUAACUCCAGUGGGUACCGGAUAGGACCCACAGAGGUGGAGAAUGCACUGAUAGAGCACCGUGUUGUGGUGGAGGCAGCUGCUAUCAGCAGUCCAGACCCCAUCCGAGGAGAGGUGGUGAAGGCAUUUGUUGUCCUAGCACCACAGUUUCUGUCCUAUGACCUGGACCAGCUCACGAAGGAGCUGCAGCAGCAUGUGAAGUCAGUGACAGCCCCAUACAAGUACCCAAGGAAGGUGGAGUUUGUCUUGGACCUACCCAAAACUCUUUCAGGGAAAAUUGGAAGGAAGAAACUUUGAGAUAAGGAGUGGAAGAGGUCUGGGCCAGCCAGGACCCAAUGA